AUGUCUUCACAAAAACAUAAACCUCAACUUAUUGCUGUUGGAAGAAAAAUAAAUAUGAGCGUUCAAUUAGAACUCAAUGAGACAAAAUUUAUUAUUCAUGCUGUUAAUAGAAAUAAUAAUACUUCUUUUUUGAAUUCACUUUUUCCUGCUAAAUCUCCUAUAAUAUCUGACUCACAAAUAUAG